ACGACGAUUUACAGUCAUUUGGACGAAAGUAAUGCGCAUGACGGAGGGCUAAUUACUUUGGGUGCUUUGGAUACUGCGAAUUGCAGGGAUAUCACUUGGUUGACGCUCACCUCAAAAACUUACUGGCAGGUCACUGUUCGAAAAGUAUCGCUCGGAUCAUUUGCAACUACAGGGUGGCAGCAGGGAACGCCAGAUUCAGGAGUAGCAUAUUUAGGCAUUCCAAUUUCACUUGUGUAUCCAAUUAUGCAAGAGUUGAAUGCUACCUGGAACUUUGAUCUAGAUGACUAUCAAGUAGACUGCGGGUUGCGAAAAGACGGCCCUAGUAUCACAUUUGACAUUGAAAAUAGCACUUUCGAAGUACCGUCUACUCAGUACAUCCGGAAGUUCAAGUUGGAGUCGAAAGAGAUUUGCUUGCUGUCAAUACUAGAACAGUACAGCGUGGCAUUUGUUCCAUCCUGGGCACUUGGCUAUCCAUUCCUUCGAUCAUACUGUAGUGUGUAUGACUUUGGAAAUGCUCGCGUUGGUUUUGCUUUACCAAUGAAGAAGUGA